GUCCUAGUCCAAUCCAUAUCAUAUGGGAAAUUUUUGGUGAAGCACCUUAUCAGGCAUAUAUGCCAGGAAUCUCCGAUGCAUUACGUCUCUGAUUGGUGUGCUACCCAUUUAAAUGGGGUAUGAAUGUAGGCUGCAAUCCAUGUGAGGAGCAGAGUUAAGGAAAUCAAACUUGGCGAUUUGCGUGCUUGCAGAACUUCUACUGAUCAAAUUUUUGCUGGACAAGUUCUCGGAUCGCGGCGCUUAACUCUGAAAAUGUCAGGAUUGUUUGGUGGCCAGAAAUUUGAAGAAACGACCCUUUAGGUGCUAAAUUGGUAGAAGGAUAGUUUUGAACUCGGAUAACCAUCUGCGCUUUCCCUGAAAAAUCUCAGCACUGAUUUUGUUAUUAACUGGUAAGCAACAAUGGGAGAGGAAAGGAGGAAAAGGGAAUUUAGAUUCUGCAUAGACAGGGGUGGAACCUUCACUGAUGUUUAUGCUGAGGUUCCGGGUGAGCCAAAUUGGCGAGUCGUUAAGAUUCUGUCAGUAGAUCCUAAUAAUUAUGAUGAUGCACCUGCUGAGGGAAUUAGAAGAAUACUAGAAGAGGUCACUGGGAAAAAGAUCCCCCGAUUUGCUAAGAUACCUACAUAUCUAAUUGAAUGGAUUAGGAUGGGUACUACUGUAGCCACAAAUGCCUUGUUGGAGCGUAAGGGAGAGCGUGUAGCUUUAUGUGUGACAAAAGGUUUCAAGGACUUGCUUCAGAUAGGCAACCAAGCUCGACCGAAGAUAUUUGACCUUACUGUCUCAAAGCCUUCACUGCUGUAUGAAGAAGUAAUAGAGGCAGAUGAAAGAGUUCAGCUUGCUUUGGAUGGAGUAGAAGAAGGUGCAGGCAUUGUAAGAGGAGUGUCUGGUGAAUAUUUAGAGGUUGUGAAACCAUUGGAUGAGAAAGCUUUGAAACCCGUCCUAGAAGGAUUGUUGAAGAAAGGGAUAAGAAGCCUAGCUGUGGUUUUCAUUCAUUCAUACAUCUAUCCAGCUCAUGAAUUGGCUGUAGAACGCCUGGCAAAGGCUCUAGGGUUUAAGCAGGUGUCAUUAUCAUCAGCACUUACACCAAUGGUGCGAGCUGUUCCACGAGGAUUCACGGCUACUGUUGAUGCAUAUCUCACUCCAGUUAUCAAGGAUUAUUUAUCAGGUUUUCUUUCUAGAUUUGAUGAAGAUUUGGACAAAGUUAAUGUAUUGUUUAUGCAGUCUGAUGGAGGACUUACACCAGAAAACAGAUUUUCAGGUCACAAGGCAAUUUUAUCUGGUCCUGCAGGAGGAGUUGUUGGUUAUGCCAGGACUACAUUUCUCAUGGAAACAGAAAAGCCUCUUAUUGGCUUUGAUAUGGGAGGCACCUCAACUGAUGUUAGCCGCUAUGCUGGAAAUUAUGAGCAAGUACUAGAGACUCAGACUGCAGGUGUAACCAUUCAGGCGCCACAACUUGACAUAAACACUGUUGCUGCAGGUGGAGGUUCAAAAUUAAAAUUUCAAGUUGGAGUUUUCAAAGUUGGACCAGAGUCUGUAGGUGCCCAUCCUGGUCCUGUAUGUUACAGGAAAGGUGGUGAAUUGGCAGUCACAGAUGCCAAUUUGCUCCUUGGAAGAGUAAUUCCAGAUUAUUUCCCUUCUAUAUUUGGACCAAAUGAAAAUGAACCCUUAGAUUUGGAGGCAACAAGGAUGGCUUUUAAAAAGCUUGCUGAAACCAUAAAUGCAUAUAGAAAGCAGCAAGAUCCUUCUUCAAAAGAUAUGACUGUUGAGGAUAUAGCACUGGGAUUUAUAAAUGUAGCCAAUGAAGCCAUGUGCCGGCCUAUUAGACAACUCACAGAGAUGAAGGGAUAUGAAACAAAGAAACAUGCACUUGCAUGUUUUGGAGGUGCUGGUCCUCAGCAUGCAUGUGCCAUUGCAAGAGCUUUAGGCAUGAGAGAGGUUAUUAUACAUAGAUACUGUGGUAUACUAAGUGCAUAUGGCAUGGGACUAGCAGAUGUUGUUGAAGAGGCACAGGAACCAUAUGCUGCAGUAUAUGGAACUGAAUCUCUAUCUGAGGUGUCAAAACGAGCAAAACUUUUGACAGAGCAGGUAAAAGAACAAUUGAGACUUCAAGGCUUUAAAAAUGAAAAUAUAAGCACAGACUUGUAUCUGAAUUUGCGAUAUGAGGGUACGGAUACUACAAUGAUGAUAAAGGCUCCCCUAGAUGGCAGCAAUGACUUUGCUGGAGAGUUUGUAAAAUUAUUCCGCCAGGAAUAUGGUUUUGAGCUCCAAAAAAGAGAUAUUCUCAUCAGUGAUGUAAGAGUCCGAGGUGUAGGAGUCACAAAUAUAUUAAAAUCAGCGGUAAUGGAGAAAGCAAUAGGUGAACCCAAAGCAGAACGUUUUUACAAGGUCUAUUUUGAAAGUGGAUGGCAGGAUACACCAGUUUAUGUCCUUGAGAAUUUAGGAUAUGGUCAUACUAUAGAGGGACCUGCAAUCAUCAUGAAUGGAAAUAGUACUCUAGUAAUAGAGCCUGUUUGUAAGGGAGUCAUCACAAAGUAUGGAAAUAUUAGGUUUGAGAUUGGAUCUGUUCCAAUACACACAGAUUUGACAACUAAGGUUGCAGAUGUAGUGCAGCUAUCAAUAUUUAACAAUCGCUUCAUGGGGAUUGCAGAACAGAUGGGUAGGACACUUCAAAGAACGUCCAUUUCCACAAACAUCAAGGAACGCCUUGAUUUUUCAUGUGCAUUAUUUAGUCCUGAUGGGGGCCUUGUGGCCAAUGCACCUCAUGUGCCUGUUCACUUAGGAGCAAUGUCUAGCACCGUCCGUUGGCAGCUGAAAUACUGGGGUGAAAAUCUGAGAGAAGGAGAUGUCUUGGUGACCAAUCAUCCAUGUGCAGGGGGAAGCCAUUUGCCCGAUAUAACUGUUAUAACUCCAGUUUUCCGAGAUGGAAAGCUCAUAUUUUUUGUAGCAAGUAGGGGUCACCAUGCAGAAAUUGGUGGAAUAACCCCUGGUAGUAUGCCCCCUUUUUCAAAAGCAAUAUGGGAAGAGGGAGCUUUGAUUAAGGCUUUUAAAUUAGUAGAGCAGGGGAGCUUUCAAGAAGAGGGCAUCAUCAAACUACUUCAGGGGCAGAAUUGUGAUGAACAUGGACAACACGCUGAUGGAGUUCUUGGAGUGAUCCCAGGGACUCGAAGACUUGAUGAUAACCUCUCUGACCUUAGAGCACAAGUCGCUGCGAAUCAGCGUGGUAUUGUUCUUAUAGGAGAGCUUAUUGAACAGUAUAGUUUAAGCACAGUACAGGCUUACAUGAUGCAUGUGCAGACAAAUGCAGAGGCUGCUGUGAGGGAGAUGCUAAAAUCAGUUGCUGCUCGAGCUGCCAGGCAAUCGCAUUUAGAAAAGAAGGGAUCACUUAUUACUCUAGAAGCAGAAGAUUACAUGGAUGAUGGAUCGCUAAUACAUUUGAAGCUUACCAUUGAUGAAAACAAGGGUGAAGCAUAUUUUGACUUUGAAGGAACUAGUACUGAGGUAUAUGGAAACUGGAAUGCUCCCGAGGCAGUGACAAUGGCUGCAGUUAUAUAUUGUCUCCGAUGCCUGGUGGAUGUUGAUAUACCUCUUAAUCAAGGCUGUCUUGCACCUGUCACAGUUCACAUUCCAUUAGGUUCUCUUCUUUCCCCAAGUGAGAAAGCUGCUGUUGUGGGUGGCAAUGUACUUACAUCACAGCGUGUUACUGAUGUUGUUCUGACUGCUUUUCAAGCAUGUGCUUGUUCACAAGGUUGCAUGAACAAUCUUACAUUUGGUGAUAAGACAUUUGGUUAUUAUGAAACAAUAGGGGGUGGAUGUGGUGCUGGGCCAGGAUGGAAUGGAACCAGUGGAGUGCAAUGCCACAUGACCAACACACGCAUUACAGAUCCUGAGAUCCUUGAGCAGCGAUAUCCUGUGCUUCUGCACAGAUUUGGGCUUAGGGAGAACAGUGGAGGUGCUGGCCAUUACAAAGGAGGGGAUGGUAUUGUUCGUGAGAUAGAAUACCGUCGUCCUAUAACAGUCAGUAUUCUAUCUGAAAGACGAGUACAUGCACCCAAAGGAUUAAUGGGUGGCAUGGAUGGAGCUUGUGGACAAAAUUUUCUCAUCAGAAAGGAUGGACACCGAGUUUAUCUGGGGGGAAAGAACACUGUAGAUGUACAGCCUGGGGAGAUCCUUAAGAUUUUAACCCCAGGAGGUGGUGGAUGGGGCUAUUCCUCUUGAUGCAUUUAUAAAUUGUAAUGUUUUGCUUUAUUUUGUCAGCUGAAGGCUGAAAAUAAUAUACAUCCCACAAUAACAUAAACACUAUCGAUGAAAACAAGCACAUGACAAUAAGUAAAUGGGAAAUUGGAGCAAGGCUUCUGAAUAUCAAUUUUCAAAAAGUCCAUGAUCAACUUGGUUUUCCUGUUCUCAGUCCAUUUCUGCAAUCUGUCUUUGCGUUAUUGGAUUAAGUGCAGAUGUAUAUUCAUCUAUAACCCAGGUCAAUAUUUAAAGUGAAUGUUUAACAAAGAACAUUGAUGUUAGGUCUGUAGUAUAAGAAUUUAUAUGUUAUGAUAUUCUAUAGUAAUUUUAUUACCUUUUGUA